AACCUCCAUACAUCUCUUCAACAUCAUCAUUAACAUCAACAGAUAGAAAUAUCAGGAAGAAGGAGAGAGAAGACGAAGAUGGAAGAGGCAAAGGCAUUAGAGCAGCAGCAGCAAAUGUUGGUUCAACAUCAUCAUCAACAACAACAGUUCCUACUCUUACAACAACACAUCCAACAACACCACAAACAACAACAACAACAACAACAAGCAAUCUCUCGUUUCCCUUCCAAUAUUGACGCUCAUCUCCGACCUCAAGGACUUCUUCACCGUCCCAUCAUCAACCCGCAACAGCAACAGAAUUCAAACCCUAACCCCAACCCUAAUCCCAACCCCAACCCCAACCCCAACCCCAACCCCAACCCCAGCCCCAGCCCCAGCCCCAACCCCAACCUUAUCCCUAAUCAACAGCAACAACAUAACCCUCCUAAUUCAAAUCCUCCUCAUCCUCCUCAACAUCAACAAUUGCAGCAACAGAAGGUCAAUCAUCGACCCCCACCAAACCAGAACCAGAACCAGAACCAGAACCAGAACCAGAACCAGGCUGUGGAGCUCCAGAUGGCUUACCAGGAUGCCUGGCGAGUCUGUCAUCCCGACUUCAAACGCCCUUUCUCUUCCCUCGAAGACGCUUGCGAGAGGCUACUGCCUUAUCAUGUGGUGGCAGACUAUGAAGCAGAAGAGGAUGAUAGAAUCCUUGAUUCUGACACAACGGGCCAGAUGCUGUCUCGCUCCCAGCAAUGGGACCACAACAUUGCUGCCAAAGUUGCAGAGUUCAUGGUCACAUUUGAGAAGCAGGCUCUUGCCUUCAAUAUAAUUUCCCGCAAGCGUACUCUUGGUGAAUUCCGGUCAGAGGAGAGGUUGAUGAUUGAGCAGGCUCUCCUACAAGAAGAGAGGAGAGCUCUGUUCGAAGUGAGGGCAGAAAUGGAGUCAAGGGAGAAGGCUGGCAGAGAGGCUCAUGAGGCUAAGUUGAGAAUGGCAGCAGCGAUGGUUCAGGCAGAGCAAGCUCGGGUGGGGUCACAGACUCAUGCAGAGAUGAUGGCUCGAGCUCCAAUUCGAGCGAGUGCACUUGGGUCUCAAGGCAAUGAUGUUCGGAUUGGUGAUGACAUGGCUGAGCAGGAUCAAGGAGUUAAUAACGAUGAAAUGAUUAAUGGAUGGGGAAACAAUAUGCAGAGAGAUGAGAAAGAGCCAUCUGAGGAUUUCUUGAAUGAUGAGGAGACGGAAAAUGGAGACACAGGCAUGCAGAACGAGUGGCGUGAAGUGGGAGAGUUCGAUUUGAAUACAAGAUAAAUCUCAAAAUGGUGUUUAGGAGAGCUCAUGGUAUGGACAAUCAAAAAACUUUGGGCUGCAAGUUGAUAUGGGUGAAGUGGGUAGAUAAUCUUUAAAAUGGAUAGGAAAAAUGUUGUCAUUUCAUGGAUAGGACACUAAUAUAAAUAGUGGCAUGUCUACCAACCAAGUUGACACCUAUAUAGGUCUGUAAGUCUGUUGUCGAAACAUGUUCAUAAAUCAAAACUUUGUUUAUUUCAGAACGCUACUUGGGCUUUCCAAUGAAAACUUUGAUUUGCAUUA